AGAAAUGUCUGCCCUCAUGAGGAAGUGGAAAUCGUGACCGUGAAGCAACCAUGCGUUGAACGAUAUACGAAAUAUGUUCGGACGCGGAAACCGGGAUGUAAUGGACAAUUCAGAAGCUGCUCAGUCCGAGAACCAAAGACUGUCUACUUUCACACAUACAAGAAAGUAAACCGGACGAGGCGGCAUACGGUGGCCGAGUGUUGUGCAGGAUGGAUGCAUGUCCCAGGAAUGGAUGGAUGCCAAAGAGGCUUUGAAGUCUUCAUGCAUAUGCCCAUAGAUCUUAAAUGCAAAGGCUUCCAAACGGAAUGA